UCUUUUAUUUUUAGUUUAAAAUAUGAACAAUAUUGCUCACUUAAACAUCUCUAAUCUAUCACAGCUCAGCUUCGAAAUUUUCUAGAGCUAUGAAUACGGGGCUAUCAUUCAGAUUCUGGGAUUUUCUUGCUGGGGCCUCCGGCGGCGCAAUGAGCAUAAUGCCUGAUCUAUGGAGUCUGCCGAUGAGUGAAACUGGGUUCUGACUCUUCCCUGCCGUCCUUGCCGAUGAUGACAUAGCUGACGAUUCGUGCAUAACACCAGAUCGCAGCACGCCCGGUCGCGUCGGCGUCAUUGCAACCACGCAUCCCGCCGCAAGUUCGCUCCUCUUUGCUUCCGCCUCCGCUCGCCAUCCUCUAUGCCAGCCGGCGCAUGGCCGGCCGCAGCCGCUGCCACCUCCGCCGCAGUGCGCGCGGCCAUGCGCACGGUUGGCGGCCUCCUCCCCCUCGCCCACCGCCCCCAUCCCACCACCACGGCCGCUGCCUCCUCUUCGUCAUCGCACACCCUCCACGACUACAACCGCCUCCUGGCCGCCCUCGCGCGGGACGGCGACGGCGACGGUGCCCUCCGCGUGCUCCGCCGCAUGCGCCUCUCCUCCUCGCCCGCCUGUGCGCCCACCGCCGCCUCCUACACCUCCGCCAUGUCCGCGCUCGCCAAGGCCGACCGCCCCGCCGACGCCGCGUCCCUCUUCGACGACAUGCUCUCCCACGGCGUCGCCCCAGACCGGGCCGCUUUCUCCCUCCUCCUCCACGUCUACUCCUCCCACCUCCACCUCCCCGCCGCCGCGCACUCCGUCCUCCUCUGGAUGUCCCGCCUCGGACUCCCGCCAACCCCCAUCGACUACACUGACCUCAUCUUUUCCUUCUGUCGCGCUGGCCGCCUCGCCGACGCCCUCCAGCUGCUCGACGAAAUGCGCGCCCUCAAUUACCCACUCACACCACAUACCUUUGCGCCGAUCCUCCAGGCAUUCUGCGAGAAUGCCGAUAUCCAAGCGGCGGACAUCCUCAUCAGCUCGAUGCGCUGCUCCGGUUGCCACCCUGAUGUCGUCAUUUACAACAUCUACAUCCAGGGGCUAUGUAAGAUGGGGGAUUUUGAUGCUGUUGAGAGGGUUAUUGAUGAGAGUGCCCGGAAUGGGUGGGUGCCAGAUGCAGUCACAUACAGCACCUACGUUGCUGGGCUUUGCCGGUUCAGAUAUAUUGAGAAGGCGUUCCAGCAGCUGGAAAUUAUGGUAGCAAAGGGGCUACAGCUGACAGUUGUUGGUCUGAAUAUACUGUUGGACUAUGUCGCGCAGGAUCUUGAUAUGUGGGCAGGCAAGGAGGUGCUGGAGCGGUGCCAAGAGCUUGGCUUUGUGGUCGAUGUCGUGACAUACAACACAGUGAUGGAUCAUUUCUGCAAGAAAGGGAAGUGGCUGCGUGUCCUGAAGCUGUUCACGGAUCUGCUCAAGAAGCCCAUAACACCCAACGUGCAGACAUACAACAUUUUUAUUUCAUGCCUGUGCCGAGCCGGCAAGUUUCAAUUUGCCAAGUUCGUGUUCAGCAGCAAGGGGUUUGUGGCGGACACUGUGACUUGUAACAUUCUGAUCCAUGAGUUCUAUGAGGCCAGAAAGGAGGCUGAGCUUGGUUUUUUGUUCUCUGAUGUGAAUGCGGGGAAGAUUGCUCCAGAUACGAUCACAUACAAUACACUGGUCGAUUGUCUCUUUAGGUCCGGGAGGAGGUUGGAUGCUGCCAAUUUUGUCAGGCAUAUCGAUGAUGGCUACCCUUCAGAGCCUGUUGCCCGUUUGACGUAUUGGUUGGUUAGGAGUGGAAAUACAUGUGAGGUGUUGAGGCUGUUUGAUGAUAUUCAAAUAAAAGGACGCGUUUUAGACAGUAGGAUUUUCGCUAAUGUGAUCAAGGCAUUCUGCAGAAAGGGUCCAGCAGAAUGCUCGGAGAUGUCGCAAUUGUGCUCUAUAUUGGAUCGGAUGCUUGGAAUUGGAUGAUUCUUCUCGUGCAUCUUUUUCACUACUUUUAUGGUAGUGCUCUCAUUUUUUAACUUGUAUGGUUGUACCAGUAGCUAAUACCCAUUGAAGGUAAAAUACACUUUUGGUUUCUUCAUGUAGUUCUUUGUCAUACAUACACUUGUAAAAUACAAUCUGUCAUCCAAAAACUAAUCAUUUUUUUG